CUCGUGCUGACACUUUCCGUUGGAACUCUACCGGCACCACAUUUUAAAUCAACAAUGGCCGACAAGUUAGAGGAAGUCAAGACGUCCAACGGGGAGGACCUCUUAGCCAACGGACCCUCCCACGCUAGCCGCAGCAACCCGGAGCCUCUGUCCCGCCGCGUGAAGCGAAUUGUGGCGGCCAAUUUACUGGUCAUUCUCACCGUCGUUGGCGUUAUCAUCGGCGUCUUCAUCGGGCUCGGCGUGCGUAACGUGGCGCUGACCCGCACCCAAGUCAUCUACAUCGGCUUCCCCGGCGAGGUGCUCAUCCGCCUGCUGAAGAUGAUCAUCAUCCCCCUGGUGGUGUGCAGUUUAGUGUCCGGAGCGGCCAGCAUCGACCCAAAAGCCCUGGGGAAGUUAGGCGGAUGGGCGAUGCUCUUCUUCCUGGUCACCACGCUCAUAGCCUCGACCAUCGGGGUCGUGAUGGCAUUCAUCAUCAACCCGGGCUCGGUGGCUAUGACCAAGCCCACACUGGCCAAUGCGGACGACAGCGUGCCUGAGUCCAAAGAGGUCAUAGACUCCUUUUUAGAUUUGAUCCGAAACAUCUUCCCUUCCAACCUGGUGUCUGCUGCCUUCCAGUCAUACGCAACCAGCUACAAGCUAGUGAAAACCAAUGGCACAAAUGGCCUCCCCAACAUCACAGUGGAGAAGGUUCCCUUUGGAACAGACCAGGACGGCAUGAAUAUUCUGGGCCUGGUGGUGUUUGCCAUCGUGUUUGGCGUGGCAUUGAGGAAGUUGGGGGAGGAAGGCGAGAUCUUGAUUAAGUUUUUCAACUCCUUCAACGAAGCCACCAUGGUGCUGGUCUCCUGGAUCAUGUGGUAUGCCCCUGUAGGUAUCAUGUUCCUUGUUGCUGGCAAGAUUGUGGAGAUGGACGAAGUCGAUAAGCUGUUUGCCAGCUUGGGGAAAUACAUCGCUUGCUGCAUUGUCGGACACCUCGUCCACGGUGCCCUGGUAUUGCCCGCCAUCUACUUCGUCUUCACGAGGAAGAACCCAUACAAGUUCUUGUGGGGGAUAUUCACAGCUCUGGCCACAGCUUUUGGAACGGCCUCCAGCUCAGCCACGCUGCCGCUGAUGAUGAAGUGCGUGGAGGAAAACAACGGCGUCUCCAAGCAAAUCAGCCGCUUCAUCCUCCCCAUCGGCGCCACAGUCAACAUGGACGGCGCCGCGCUGUUUCAGUGCGUGGCGGCUGUUUUCAUUGCUCAGCUAAACGGCGUCUCCCUCAACUUCAUCCAAGUCAUUACCAUCCUCGUGACGGCAACGGCGUCAAGUGUUGGAGCUGCUGGCAUACCCGCCGGUGGGGUGUUAACCCUCGCUAUCAUCCUGGAGGCUAUCGGGUUGCCCACCAAUGAUCUCUCCCUUAUCCUGGCUGUCGAUUGGCUUGUCGACCGCACAUGCACGGUGCUCAACGUGGAGGGCGACGCCUUCGGAGCCGGCCUCCUGCAGUGCUUCGUAGACCGCACGUCCAAACCGGAAGAAGCGGAGCUGAGGGACCUCAAAAAGGACGCCGACAAGAACCCUGAGCACUCGCCGCUUAUGGAGAAGGCAGGCGGCCCGGGUUACGAACCGAGCAACAACACUACCGAGUCGCACAGGGAUAAAGAGUCUGUCAUGUAGAACGUACAAAAAGCUGCUAGACCCGGUUCCGUUAAAAACACUCCCGCGGAAGCUGAACGCGGACAGUGUGGACCUUUUUGUCAGCCGUUGUGGCACGAGGAUGAUGGAUACUUUGCAAAACCGUUGUAAGCAGCAACGCUGUCAGACAGAACAGUAAUGACGUGGAGGACUAACGAGGUAAUUUAUUGGCGACUGAAGACAAGUAAGCCACAAAGAUGGAUGAGCAUCAGGACAGUUUGCCAAGGUUUUCAUCAUCUUCAUCCCAUAACUGUCAUCGUCUAAAUGGUUCAUUUAAUGCAUUGUGUGUUGUGGCGGGUACGUAACUGCUCCUUCUUAUUGUUUCUUCUCAAACGGGAGUUUUAGGUAUAUAAAAACCAAACAUUACAUUUAUAUUCUUACAUCAAAUGCAAUACUUUGCAAAGUACCUCAACGCUAUUACUGCAACACCUCAGGCUGUACUCUGACUUGAAGACUAUUAUUUUUCUCCUUCAGACCAAAAAACUAAGAAAAUCCCCAUUGAAAUGUUUAUAUUUAUUUAUAUCUCUAGUCCAUAUUUUUACUCUAGCAUUUUAGCACAUGAGUUAGAAAGCACAAAUUUUAUCAAGCAAGGGCUGAACUUGGAGAUGUUAGGAUGACAAUCUUUUGGAAAAUUUUACUCUAGCAUUUUAGCACAUGAGUUAGAAAGCACAAAUUGUAUCAAGCAAGGGCUGAACUUGGAGAUGUUAGGAUGACAAUCUUUUGGAAAAUCACUCCGGUGCUUUGUGAGAAUAUAGAAACUUUAUUGACCUCAAAGGUUCAAGUGUUUAUAUUUUGCUAAAUCCAAAGAUUUUUGCUUGAAGAUUUCCAAAUAUAUUUUUUUGGCUGUUUAGGUUAUGUGAGAAGAUCUUAAUUGAAUCCCAUAUAAUAAUUAUGGGGACUGACUUUCAACUUGUCCGUUUGGGUAUAUAAGGUGCUUCCACUUGCCUGUCAUUAAUUUUCUCAAUUUGUUUUCUGAUAUCUUAGGAGGGGAGCACUACUUUUCAUCUUGCGUUCUGUUUUAUUGUAGAAAAUCAUAUUAAAGUGUGUUACGAGCCAAAUGACACACCGCAAGCGUUUAAAUACGACAAACUGAGGUCGCUCGUCGAGUCAUUAUCACUGCUGCCAUUAAAUGGGUUUUCGUUAAGUUGAAUGGUUCCGUUAAAGUUCAAUGUUUAUAUUUGAUGUACUGUCAACAAUUCUCAACAAUACAUUUUUUAUGACUAA